AUGGCUCCCAUCACCGUCAAGAAGAUUUGUUGCAUUGGUGCCGGCUACGUCGGUGGCCCCACCUGCGCUGUCAUUGCGCUCAAGUGCCCCAACAUCCAGGUCACCAUUGUCGACCUGAACCAGGCCCGUAUCGACGCUUGGAACUCGGACAACCUCCCCAUCUACGAGCCCGGUCUCGACGAGGUCGUCAAGACCGCUCGCGGCAAGAACCUCUUCUUCUCGACCGACGUUGACAAGGCCAUCGCCGAGGCUGACCUCAUCUUCGUCUCGGUCAACACCCCCACCAAGAAGUCGGGUGUCGGUGCCGGUUACGCCGCCGACCUCAACUUCCUCCAGCGUGCUACCCGCCGCAUCGCCGAGGUCUCGACCUCGUCGAAGAUUGUCGUUGAGAAGUCGACUGUUCCCUGCCGCACCGCCGAUGCUAUGCGCACCAUCCUCGAGGCCAACUCGAAGCCCGGCUGCCGCUUCGACAUUCUCUCCAACCCCGAGUUCCUUGCCGAGGGUACCGCCAUCUCUGACCUCUUCGCCCCCGACCGUGUCCUUAUCGGUUCGCUCCAGACCGAGUCGGGCAAGGACGCUUGCGCCGCCCUCGCCAACGUCUACGCCAACUGGGUUCCCCGUGACCGUAUCCUUACCGUCGGCCUCUGGUCGUCUGAGCUUACCAAGCUCGCUGCCAACGCCAUGCUUGCUCAGCGUAUCUCGUCGGUCAACGCCCUCUCGGCCAUCUGUGAGGCUACCGGUGCCAACAUUGACGAGGUCGCCUUUGCCGUCGGCAAGGACUCGCGUGUCGGUGCCAAGUUUCUCAAGGCUUCGGUCGGCUUUGGUGGUUCGUGCUUCCAGAAGGACAUUCUCAACCUCGUCUACCUUUCCGAGUCGCUCCACCUCCCCGAGGUCGCCAAGUACUGGAAGGCCGUUGUCGACAUGAACGAGUACCAGAAGGACCGUUUCUCGCGCAAGGUUGUUGACACCCUCUUCAACACCAUCACCGGCAAGAAGAUUGCCAUCCUCGGUUGGGCCUUCAAGAAGGACACUGGUGACACUCGCGAGUCGCCCUCGAUCUCGAUCUGCAACCACUUCCUUUCGGAGAAGGCUCGCGUCAACGUCUACGACCCCCAGGUCACCGAGGAGCAGAUCUGGCUCGACCUCGACGAGACCUCGACCAACGAGGUUGACCACAAGCAGCACGUCUCGAUCUCCAAGUCGGCCAUUGAGGCCUGCAAGGACGCCGAGGCUAUUGUCAUCUGCACCGAGUGGGACGAGUUCAAGACCCUCGACUGGGCCAAGAUCUACGAGGCCUGCCCCCGCCCCGCCUUCGUCUUCGACGGCCGCCUCAUGCUCAACCGCGCCGAGCUCCAGCAGAUCGGCUUCAAGGUCGUCACCAUCGGCUCGGGCGACGUCUAA